UGCACAUUUCAUACGCUCCUGUACACAUUUCAUACGCUACUGUACACAUUUCAUAUGUUCCUGUACACAUUUCAUAUGCUCCUGUGCACAUUUCAUAUGCUCCUGUACACAUUUCAUAUGCUCCUGUACACAUUUUAUACGCUACUGUACACAUUUCAUAUGUUCCUGUACACAUUUCAUAUGCUCCUCCUGGACACAUUUCAUGUGCUCCUGCACACAUUUCAUGUGCUCCUGUACACAUUCCAUGUGCUCCUGUACACAUUUCAUGUGCUCCU